CUUAUAAAUGACACAAAUAGUAUUAUGUCCAAAAGAAUCUCUGGACUUUGUUAAAAAUAUCAUGAAAAGGGAAGAAAGAUUAUCUGUAGGCAUACAUAUAGACCUGUUUGAGAUUUGUGCUGUGAAUUGUUCUAAAUAAAAAAAGAAAAGAAACACUUCUAGAAACCUCUAGAGGCUAUGUGACCUUAAAAAACUUGUUGGUUGUCUUCAUAAAUAUAGAAUAUUAAUGUCCGACAAUCACCAGUUUGAUAAACCUGAAAGGAAAUAUAAUGCAGACGAAAAUGGAUCAACGAUGAAAUCAAAAUCUUAUUCUGUGAUAGGUCCAGCUACAAAGAGCAUGGUUAUUUUUUAAAAAUUGAAAGUCAUUGACUGAGCAAUCUGGAUACGAAACGAGAUGACAAGACUUGUGAUUCUGGUCCUUCUUCUGGCAAACAGUGUUUCCUUGCUCAAAAUAUUUACACCAUCUGAAGUAAGAGUAAAGUUACAGAGAAACAUCACCCUUUCUUGUAAUUAUGCGAGGGAGGAUAAAGAGGAAAUUUCAGACAGAAAAAUUAUAUGGCAAAAACAUCUUGGAAAUAAGUAUGUGGAUGUGGCUUAUUUUUCGGUUUCUGGAAAGCCAGACCCAAGUAUACACAAAGACUUUAAGAAAUAUCUAGAAAACAGAACACACCUUAUAGCACCACAGGAAAACCUCACCACAGCUACACUGAUUAUAAAUCAUGCUGUUUGCAGUGACGAAGGAUUGUACCGAUGUUGGAUAGAAUUUUAUUUAAAUGAUGCUAUUGAUGAUAAUCAAAACCAAACAUCAGUCAUUUUCCAAGCCGAAGCAUCGGAACCAGACGAAUUUAUCGUAGAACACACCAACAAACUAGAGGAAAAUCAAUCCGUGCGUUUCAUAUGUAACGCUGAUGUCGGAAAUCCCCCAGGAUACCUUCAGAUUUGGAAAAUUCCUGGACGCUCAACUGACCAAGAAUUAAUAUACUCUUCAAAUUUUACAAAUAAUACUUUUAUUAAGACAGAUAAUUGUUCUUAUUUUCUUAACGUAAGCUUUACGUACAAUGUUUCCAGAAAUGACAAUGGCGCUGUAUUCAAUUGCACAUCACAAAAUGAUCUUACUCGACAACCAGGACCAUACAAAGACUCAAAGCCAAUCUCAGUUUUGUAUGGUCCAGAAAAGGCCGUAAUUACACUGACACCAUCAUUAUCAGUGUAUUCUGUUGGCGAUGAAGAAAAACUGGACUGUUUAACUAUCAGUAACCCUCCGCCAGUGUACAGCUGGGGAUUCUUAUCUACCAAUAGUAGUGAAGAGGAACACACUAUCAACUUGGAUAGAAUCGGAUCCUCUCUGCUGUUGAAAAAUCUUCAAACCAACAAUUCCGGAGAUUAUAUUUGCUCUGCUUUCAAUACGUUUAACGGGAAGACUCUGAAUGUUACAGCUGUUGUACGUUUGUCAGUCAAAAAUCCAGAAAUACAGCUUACCUCUGCUUAUCCGAUGAGUGACGCAAAAUUAUGCCAACCCGGGGAAAUAUGUAAAGAAAAGAAAGGACAGUCUGCCGUUAGCAUCAAUAUUUGGAUGGUACUAUCGAUAAUUUUUAUUCUGUUGACCGUGAUAUUCGUUUCAACCACUGCAUAUUCAUUCAUUAAAGAAAAACCAAACUUACAGAGUUGUUUAAGGGAAAAAGAUGUAAACAUGAGUAGUCCCUCCUUGGAGACUAAAGGAAGAGACAACAGUGAAGAAACGGACCAAGACGGGAAUAAACUGUAUGACACUGCCUGGCGUUAAUAUGAUAUAGGACCAACUUUUUAUUACUAGUAAUGCAUAUCCAUAUGGAUAAAAACAGUCGUCGAUUCUUUGACCAAAUUACUGGGAGUAUAUUUUUCUGUGUAUAAUGUCCUCGGUGCCCAGAAAGAAGCAAAAGACGCUUUUCAAUGAUUUAGUCUUUAUAAUUUAACUAAGAUAUUCUCUUUGAAUUAAAACACAUGUCCGUAACAUUUUUAUCCAAUUUCUGAUUGUUUUUAGAACUCAUUUUUGAGUAUGGUCCUUCAUAUAUUGGAUUAUAGCAGAUCCUAUGAUUUCUUUAACUUGUUUCUUCUUUCUAAAAGGUGUUGUUUUUUUUAAAGUUUGGAAAAUGAAUCAAGUCAAAGGAUGAAAGAUCUGGCGAAUAUUAUUGUGUGACAAAAUAUUACCUUUCUGUUUGUCCCCAAAACUCCUUAACUCUUCAUGGCGUGUUGGUUUGGACGCUGUCGUGAAGAAAUUAAAUGUAGUGAAUUCCUCUUUCUGGUUCCUUUCUUUCAAAAACCUUUCGUUUUUUGUUGUUU